AUGAAGCUCCGACCGUGGCUCUCCGCCACAUGCUCCUCCCGCACAUCCACCGUCUCCGUCCCUCAACCCCAACCCACAUACCAAAAACGACAUGUCGUGUCGGACGCUAGCAGCUCCUCCGAUAACCAUGGCAGCUCCUCCAGUAGCGACACCUGCAGCACCAGCCUCCACUCCAACCUCUCCCUCCAGACGCUGCCAUCUGUCCCCUCCCUCCAGAAGCUCAUCUCCCAACUUGACGCCCCAACCCUCUCCGUCUCCCAUCUCUGCUUCACCACUCUCACUCCAAGCCUUUCCUCCCUCCAGAUCACCUGCCUCGCCGUCCACCACAACCGCCUCUACACCGCCUCCGGCCACGAAAUCAACGUCUACGAUUUAUCCGACUUCUCUCAUCUAGACUCAUUCAACGCUCACGAUGCCUCCUCCGGCUCCGUUAAGUCCGUCUCCUUUUCCGACUCCAAGGUCUUCACAGCUCACCAGGACUGUAAAAUCAAAGUCUGGGAGAUCAUCCCAGGUAAACGCCACAAGCUCCUCGCCAUGCUUCCAACCGUUAACGACCGUUUGCUUCGUUUCGCGCUCCCCAAGAACUACGUCACCAUACGCCGUCACGUAAAACGCCUCUGGAUCCAGCACGCCGACGCCGUUACCGGCAUCGCCGUCAACGAUGGACUCGUCUACUCAGUCUCAUGGGACAAGAGCUUGAAGAUAUGGCGGGACUCAAGCCUCCGGUGCGUGGAGUCAGUGAAGGCGCACGAGGACGCCGUGAGCGCGGUUGCGGUGGCGAAAGACGGGACGAUCUACACAGGCUCAGCGGACCGGCGUAUCCGGGUGUGGGCGAAACCGCAAGACGGGAAGUGCCACGUGUUGGUGGCGACGCUGGAGAAGCAUAAAUCGGCGGUGAAUGCUUUGGCUCUAAACGACGACGGAUCGGUGCUGUUUUCGGGUGCUUGUGAUCGGUCGAUAUUGGUGUGGGAGAGAGAGGACAGCGCGAACCACAUGGCGGUGACGGGAGCGUUGAGGGGGCAUGGGAAAGCGAUACUGUGUUUGUUCAACGUCGGGGAUUUGCUGCUGAGUGGGUCGGCUGAUUGGACGGUGAGGAUGUGGAGGCGCGGGGAGGAUGGGACUUAUUGCUGCUUGGGGGUUUUGGAGGGACACGUGAAACCGGUGAAGGCGGUGGUGGCGGUUACGGGAGAGAGUGGUGGCGAUGGCGACGGCGUCGUUAAGGUUGUGAGUGGAAGUUUAGAUGGAGUGGUGAAGGUGUGGCAUGUGUCGGUUUCGGAGGCGAUGAAAGAACGGAAGAUGUUAUGAUUAGUU